GUGACAUCAGCCACCAGACGCAAGCAGAUUCUUUUUCAUGUUUUGCCAGGCGUUUUAAGAGUUUGGUUGCUCCCGAGUUAUUAUUCAUAUGCAUGCGUAUCAGGUUUGUUGUCACUCUCAGCCCUGCCUGUAUAAGACUCGUGCCCCGCUGAUGACAUCACAAAAGGGACUGGGCAAACAGGUGCAGCGUCUAUGAAAAGAAGAAGCCGGCAUUUGACGGUGGCAGACGAGGAGAGCAGGAGAAGAGCCGCCCGUGAAGAAAAGUGCGAGGUCUGGCCGGCCGGCCUGCACAUCACUACUGGAGGAGUUUCACCAGGUGAAUUUUUGCUCAGGCAGAAAAACAGAUCUAUAAGUGAAAAACGAUCAACAUGAGCUACAGGUGAAUAAAUAAUAGUCCAGUGGGAAAAUGACUGCUGAAAGCAUGCCUGGGAAGAUGCACACAAUGCUGGAGAACUUAGAUCGUUUUAUUGAGCUUCUGACUCUGUCUCAAAGUGUCCAUGUAAAAGACUGGGACAUCUUGUGUGUAAGACGAGGAUUUGAAUGGGGAUCUUACUUUCAGCAGGUUUAUCAUCGCUUCUGUGCCAAUGACUGCCUCAGAAAUGCUCUUGAGGACCAUCUUAGAUCAAAGAAUCAGAAGCUCAGCACUUGCAUAAAAAACUAUCAAUAUAUAAGCUUCAAUGAUCUCAGACACAGUAAAGACAUUUUCUGCACGUCGUUACUCCAGAAUAAAGCUCUUUCCAGGAAUAUUUUCCAAUAUAUUGUGACAAAGUUAAAAAAUCAAAGCAGCGGGGAAACGAACACAUGCAAUAUGAGUAACAUCAUGUGUCAGAAAGCAGCCUCGGCAUUGCUGCUCUUUCCUUCAUCCAUUGAUUCCAAAAACCCUCUAGAGAACCCUUGUGCAGUUACAGAAGCAGAAAUUCUGAAGAACCAUUUAGAAUACAGAAUACAUUCAUUGAAAGAAGACCAUCAGUUUGCAGUUGUCUCAGAUGUUCUCAGUGGUAUUCCUCAACCUUCCAUAUACAAUUUAUUAGCCAUUUUAUUGCUCUCAAGUGAGACUUGUGAUUCUCAGGACCAGCUUUCACUGUCUCAUCUUCUCCUGAAAUGGUUACUAGAAAAUGAUAGUGUAUGGACUGAUUUCUGCAGUAAAAUACAUUCCCAUCUUUUGUCACAUUUAAGUUCUAAGUAUUCCAUAGUUAGGAAGGCAUAUUUCAACUUCCUAAUCAAGUUAGGUGAAAGUAUGGAGCUUGAUGUCCAGGGAAAAUGGGUUAGUAACAGUGCUGAACUGUCCUUUGAUAUUUUUCUUAAUCAUUUUGAAAGUCUUAUGAAAACUAGUGAAGACCUCCAAACUGCCACAGAAGCAACACUUGAGGACUUAAAACGACAGGAUGGGGAUUACAAUGUGCCAGGCAUUAGUGUUUGGACUGAUGUUUUACUUGAAGUGAAAAGGAUUUAAACUCAUCUGUCUGUCAUUUUAUUAAAAUAUUUCAUCACUUUA